AGGCAAAAAUACUCAAGGGGCCACAUGAGAACCUGGAAAGUUAUUUAGAAGCAAUUGAUCAGCUGAGAAGUAAUAUUCGUUUUUUUAGCCACAAGAAAGGCUUUAGGAACAGUGAUGGGAUGCUUAACCAUGUGAAUAGCUUGCUUGCUAAAGCUAUAUCAAAGCUGGAAGAAGAAUUUAAGCAGCUAUUAGCUUCUUACAGCAAACCAGUGGAGCCAGACCGGCUUUUUGAUGGCCUUCCAAACUCACUGAGACCGUCGUCAGACCAAGGUGAUUCGGGUAUCAAGAAUCAUUCCAAUAACCACCAUGAGCAACAAAACAAUGACUUAGAUGCAACUUACACACUUCCUACACUAAUACCACCACGAAUUCUGCCACUUCUGAAUGAUUUAGCAGAGCAAAUGGUUCAAGCUGGCCACCAGCAACAGUUACUCAAAAUUUAUAGGGACACUCGGUCUUCAGUUUUGGAAGAAAGCCUCCGGAAAUUGGGAGUCGAAAGACUUGGAAAAGAUGAUGUUCAGAAGAUGCAGUGGGAGGUGUUGGAAGCGAAGAUCGGAAACUGGAUACAUUUCAUGCGAAUUGCUGUAAAAUUGUUGUUUGGCGGGGAACGGAAAGUUUGUGAUGAAAUAUUUCAAGGCUUUGAUUCUCUCAGCGAUCAGUGUUUUGCUGAUGUUACCACAAGUAGUGUUUCGGUUCUGCUUAGUUUUGGGGAGGCAAUUGCCAGAAGCAAGCGAUCUCCAGAAAAGUUAUUUGUACUUCUGGACAUGUAUGAGAUAAUGCGAGAGCUUCACUCAGAGAUUGAAAUGAUUUUUAAGGGGAAGGCUUGCAGUGAAAUUAGAGAAUCUGCAUUAGGUUUGACAAAACAGCUCGCUCAAACAGCUCAAGAAACAUUCGGUGACUUUGAAGAAGCAGUUGAAAAAGAUGCCACAAAGACUGCUGUUUUGGAUGGAACUGUUCAUCCAUUGACAAGUUAUGUGAUCAACUAUGUCAAGUUUCUAUUUGACUACCAAUCGACCUUGAAGCAACUUUUCCAGGAUUUUGAAAAUGGAGAUGGGACGGGCUCACAGUUGGCUUCCAUAACAAUGCGAAUAAUGCAGGCUCUUCAAACCAAUUUGGAUGGAAAAUCCAAGCAGUAUAAGGAUAUUGCUCUAACUCACUUAUUCCUAAUGAAUAACAUUCAUUAUAUGGUCAGAUCUGUGCGCAGGUCUGAAGCCAAGGAUUUGUUGGGGGAUGAUUGGGUGCAAAGACACAGAAGGAUUGUGCAGCAGCAUGCAAAUCAAUACAAACGGAAUGCUUGGGCAAAGGAUGACUUACAUGUCUUGAAUAGAAGUUAAAGCAUAAUGGGGAAU